CGUAUGGGCCUUAACAAUUUUGGCUAUGAUUUACUUAGCCAACAAAUUGGCUACCUCGUUUCAUAAAGGUUUUAUUGCAAAUCCAGUUCGUAUGAUCAUUGAAACUGAUCAUGCGGUUUCAGCAAAAAUCUUAUUUCCAUCUGUAACAGUUUGUCCUGGUACACUGUUUAAUCAUUCAAAGGCAGUUAAUCUGAUACAAACUUUUAAACUUCCGAAUGGAACUACUGAGGAUAUUGUCAUGAAAAAUCUUUACCAAAUAUAUGCAUUUACAUAUCCAAAAUUCAAGACAUCCAAUGAUAGGCUUUCAGUUCUCAGUGAGGUUAUGAAUCUAAAUAAUUAUACUUUGAUAAAAUUUCUUGCUGAUACUCAAUGGGAUUGUGGUGCAUUCUUUUUCCGUUGUCGAUUUCAAUCGAAAACUGCCAAUUGCAGCGACAUAUUCCGAAUAAAUAAAAGCCAUGUUGGAUUUUGCUGUUCUUUUAAUUCGCAACAAUCGAAGGAUAAUAUACACAGGUUCAAAUCAAACCGUCAUGGACUGCGUCAAGGACUAUCGCUUAUCUUCAACGAUGUAGAUUUUGAUAAUACCCAUUUACUGAGCUCUAAUCCCCAACGUUUUAGAUUGCUUAUCCAUCGACCAACGGCAUAUCCUGAUCAAUCGACAUUUCGAAAAUUUCUGCAUCGAAAUGAAGAAAUUCUGCUACGCUUCGAUCCAACUGAAACAACAUAUUCCGAUGAGGUUUGGAAGAGACUCACAAUGGAUGAACGCAAUUGUACUCUUCUUUCCGAAACCCAUUUGUAUUCAUUUAAAAACUACAAUCGUCAAAAUUGUAUUGCCGAAUGUUUAAGUUCGAUUAUUUUAAAAACUUGUAAAUGUGUUCCUUUCAAUUUAUUUCCACCACCAAAUAGUUUGGUUUGUAAUUUUGGAGAUGUUUCUUGUGUUUCGAAUAAUUAUAAACUUUUUAAAAGAUUAAAGGAUGAUUGUAAAUGUCUAGAUCAUUGCAAGAAAAUUGAAUAUGCAAUUCGUCUGACGAGUGGUAAACUCGAAACAACAGUUGAUGUAGCUGAUCCUUUUUAUGAUGGGUUUCAUGAAAAUUUUACUGUGGUUCACGUGUUUUUGCAGUCGCAAGAAUACCGUCGAAUAAGACGGGACAUUGUGUGGAACAUUGUUUCACUUGCAGGAAAUCUUGGAAACUGCUACAGUGUUUUUGUGGGAAUAAGCGCAUUAUCAAUUUUCGAACUAAUUUAUUUCUCCGUGUUUGUACUUCGACGGAAUUAUAAAAACAACACUGAUUUGGAAAACUGAGACGUGAGACCAACCUAAUUUAAAACGCUAAUCCAUCGCAGAUUUCUAAUCCUUGACUCAGGAUUUAUUUAUAUUUAGAAAAUGAGAAUCUUAAGACGAAGUUUUAUUAAUGUUUUUUUUUUUAACAAUCUAGAUUCAAUGAACAGGCUUUUACGCGGAAAUUCUUAGUUUUUGGGCUUGUUUUACGUUAAAAUUUGUACGGGCGUGUUUUUUCUACGCUGAAAAUUUCAUGCGCAACAGAGGCAUUUACUUUAAAUAAGUUUAUCUGACGUCUAACCUAUUUUGUAUUGGUCGGAUUUACUUCACUUUUCAAUGUUUAACCAUAAAAUUGUGGGAACGAGAUUAAAUGACGAGGCUUCAAACUCAAAAGCGUUCAAUUUGAACAACGUCCAAAGCUCAGAAAAAAAUGGGGGAUUUGAUUACUCACUUUGUGUCAGAUCCAUAUCUCUGAUACCUUAUACACCUUUGUUUUUCACUUUCGACGAAAAUUAUAAAUCAAUUUGUCAACUGUCUGUUUCCUUUUUUGUUUUGUUAAAUUUCAAAUAAAAUUCCGGACAAAAUUCAA